AUGAAAUCAAGGGUUCGAAUACGGACAACAACAAAAAAAUUCGGCAGUGGCGGAAGAGAGAAGGAAGAGAGUAAUCGGCAUUCCCGGGAGAAGACUUCUGAGACAGUGGGAGGAGGCACGACGGGGAGCGUGAUCGCGAGUCGGCUGUCGGAGAACCCGUGGGCGAAGGUGCUGCUGAUCGAGGCCGGCUCGGACGGGUCCAAGCUCUCCCUGAUACCUCCCUUCGCGUCGUUCAUGUGGUGGUUCACCAAGUUCGACUAUGCCUAUUCCAGUGAGCCUCAGGAGGAUUCCUGCCUCGCGCUCAAGGAAGGGCGAUGCCGCUGGUUCCGGGGUCGGAUGCUGGGUGGCAGCUCGGCUCUCAACGGCGCCCUGUACGUCCGUGGAAACCACAAGGACUACGACAACUGGGCCUCCCUGGGGAAUCCCGGCUGGUCCUUCAAGGACCUCCUCCCGCUCUUCAAGAGGGCUGAGAACUUUCUCAUCGAGGAUAUUCCCGAUGGUAAGAGCGGAGUAUGUAAGUAA